AUGAAAUUAUCCAGAGACUGUCUGCUGAAGACAUCGCCCGAUCACCUAUCACCACCAUCUCAAUCCUCCUCACAACCGGCCGGCUACCUGCUAUCCGAGCCAGCCGACACAACCAUCGCACUCCGAAAAAAAAAAGAUCUACAAAAACACGAGUCAAAGCUCUCGCAUGAGGUUACAACGCUUACAAAGUCUGAUACAAGUGAUCGACUUCACGUCGUCUCGUCGAAUUCAGCUAACACGUGGAUCUCACAUGAGUUUGGAACUUAUCGCAGUCCCUGCGCUGAAGAUCGUAGCAUCCUUUCUUCGACAUCUCCAUUAUCCAGAAACGCCCCGGACGAAGGAUGGGAACGUGUCGACAACGUGCUUGAACUUGCCGAGACUACAGUCGCGCGACAUUUCAACGAUCCCGAACGAAACGAAACGAGGGAUUUUGUGCGUGGCAUCCACGUGCUGGGACAUUCGGCAGGAGUCUUGCAUAGAUACGAGCUGAAGACGGGAGACUCGUGGUUGCCACGUGUCUGGAUGGCUCUCUUGUAG